GAGAGGAGAGGAGAGCAGACGAUGAGUCGGACUGUGGGUUGACAGAGAGGUGAUGGGCAACUGCACCAAGUCGUCUAUGAACAACACCAUGAGGAAGGGGGCGACUGAAGGGCAGCAGCCCCCAGCGGGGGGUCUGGAGGCGGGGGCCGGAGGGGCACGGGGCCCCCACCCAGACGCAGCGGAGCCCCCGGAUAACGGGUUGCCAGAUAUUGAUCACCCGACCAGCACGCUGGUCAAGAAGUGCAACGGGGUGCAGGACAUCGUAGGCCACGCCUGCAUCUUCUUGAAGCAGGGCUUUUCCCAGACCGCCGACAGAGAGCUGCGACCGGAGGAGAUUGAAGAGCUGCGCGAGGCGUUCGUGGAGUUCGACCGGAACAAGAAGGGCUACAUCAGCUGCGGGGACCUGGGCGAGUGCAUGCGGACCAUGGGCUACAUGCCCACCGAGAUGGAGCUGAUCGAGCUCAGCCAGCAGAUCUGUGGCGGUAAAGUGGACUUUGAGGACUUUGUGGAGCUGAUGGGCCCCAAAAUGCUGGCCGAGACGGCCGACAUGAUAGGCAUCAAGGAACUUCGGGAUGCGUUUAAAGAGUUCGACACCAACGGCGACGGGCAGAUCAACAUCAUGGAGCUCAGGGAGGCCAUGAAGAAGCUGAUGGGAGAGCAGCUUACCAACCGGGAGAUCGACGAGAUCCUCAGAGACGUUGACCUCAACGGAGACGGCCUGGUCGACUUUGAGGAAUUCGUGCGAAUGAUGUCACGUUGACUUAGUCCAGAUGUCGGAAAGUGUGGACGACCGGAAAAGUAGAUGGGAGUCUAUAACAUAACCCCUGGAAAGUAGAAGAGAUCAAACAGAGUUGUAGUAGACAUUUUUCUUGAUGCACUAGCGAGCAAUUUAUAGCGCUGUUUUUUUUAUAAAGUUGCACUGAAAAGUAUAGCCUAGUUGCUCUGAAGAUACAGCGGGCAUUUUGCCCGACAUGUGGUGUAUGGAUAAUGUACAAGGGUGGUAGAGGGGAUUAGGUCAAAUGAGCCUUGUGAAACAGCUGUGGGACAUAUCAAAGCUUUAUAUAGACAACCACACAGUAUUUAUGUUUAAUUUUAUAAAUGUAUUUUUGAUAUAUUCAUGUUUGUCGUUUGAGUGGAAAGCCUUGUUUAUAAAA